AUGUUGAAAACGGUGGCCGUCUCGUCCUGGCGGCGGGGUCAACUCCCGGAACCCACUCGUUUACUGGCUGGACAACUUGUGGGACUGGAUGACCGACGCCAUGGCUAUGAUGUGGAUGAACAGGACACAAGCUUUGAUGCCAAUGCGGACGUGCGCGCCGGCGGUUACGGCCUCAGUGCCUCUGCUCACUGCGUGUCCUGGCUGAGCCAGGGGCGCCAACUGCAACUGCGAGAGACGCGCUUGCAACUCUCACAGGAAGAUGCCGUCCUUGUCUUUGAAUUUCCGUCUCCCAUCGUUCCAGACCCCGUCUUCUUCGAGCGUGAUGGUCGCCUCAUUGCCCUCGUCGUCCUGGCUGACGGCACAUUUGUACACCUCGCGUUUCCUGCGCCAGCCCAGGGACUGGCAAUGCGCUUCUUUCACAAUUAUGAGCAAAUUGUGGGCUCCUUGGGCACCGCGAUUGUACAAAUUGCUCCUUGCGCUACCGCCAUCGCUUGCCUCACUGCCGAAUCCGAAGUCAUAUUGGCCUACCCCGACGUGCACAACGGAGAGCUGGAGCUUCAGUCGACCAUUUUCUAUGCCCCAGACAUGAUGCAGCAGUUUUUACAAAUGGUGCCAGCAGUCUUUCGACCCAACGCUUCAGCCCCUGCGCGCGUAACAGCCAUGACGACCUUGGCCACGACUGACCGCCGCAUCGGUGCCCUCCUUACUCAUGAUGGCGGCCUCAAGCUCGUGCUGCAGCAAAACGGCGCGCCUUCGGUACGCAACGCUAUCAACCCACAGCCUGCAGUCGUGUGUCAAGAGCUCUCUCAGCUGCGUGUCUACGUCAUCAACCUCGACGAUGCUGAGCAAGAGCAGCUUGAAUUGAUGACCGUGCGCUACGGACUGAAGCCAACGCUGAGUAUGCUGCAGCUGACAGAUAGCAGUGCCUGGGUUGUGUACCACGACAAGGACGAGGCCAUGGUGUGCUACUCUGAGCUCACACCCACUGCCAACACGCACACUGCCUGGCAUCCCUGCACACACGACUUUGAGACACCUGCCCUCAUUCGCGCUGAGGGCUAUGAGCAACAGUACCUGCGGCAAUUGCUCGCCAGUCCCAGCUUUAGUCGCGAUGCUUUUGAAGAUGCUUUGAACACAAUCUUACCUGAUGCUGACCUGGACGCUCUGGCCGAUAGCACGCCAGAAACCUUGAUCAGUCAGGCGGAAACCUGGCUAGCCGAUCUGGCACUUGCCCGUGGUGGUGAACUGGCUGCUGAAACCCGCUUUCAACUCUAUCAGCAACUGGCCGAGCAAUACGGACAGCAUGCCAUUGCUGCCCAUCGCGUUGUCGGCCUACUAUGGCACACAAACGAUGACAUGAUCUACACCUUGGCCACGAACCACGUCUCCAUGACCGUACCGGCGCCGGCCCUACAUAAGGUGUACACGGCGGACCCAACGGCCCGCACACGGUACCUGUCUACCAUUUUGGCGCCGGCACAGGUGACCGCCAAGCACAUCCAGGACACUGGGGCGCUCGUCGACUGCCUCUGGAACCUCGGCUCACUUCUGCAAGAAUACGAUAGUAAUGCUUUCGGCGUGGCCCCUCGCCUGGCUUGCGACACCAUCGUGGCCUCCCUCCUUGAUGGCUCGGCCCUUCAGCGCGGCCAUGGCUCGAACGCACAAAGCAGCAGUGAUGAGUAUACGGACAUUGCUCAAGCGAUCACGGUGCUUCUGGCGCAAGUCGGCGACGUGCUGACGGCCACACUAUGCCUGCUGGCAACAUUGCAACCCAUCUCUGCUGACCUUAGCGAGUUUCAAGAUGGUCUGAGUUCAACCAACUUCUCUGCAAUUCUCAUGAGCUGCCGGCCACUGGCCAUGGUGCCUAACUUUGUUUUUUCUCUGCGACAAGCUGAAUCGCUGGAAGACGCCAUUCUACAGAGCACGUCGGGGAUGUUGUCGGCUUUGCGCUCCGUAGUGGCCAUUGAGAACGUGCCUCUGCUCAUGGAGCUGCUAGAUAUUGAUCGCAGCGCCACCCAGGCAGUGAUUGACUUGAUGGCGCUUUGCACCGCCCAAGCUCGAGCACGGCCUAGCCUGGAUGCCGCUCGCAAAUUGCUCAGCCUCUACCUUCAACAGCCUCGUGAGACCUCGGGCAACGUUCUGGCAGUCGGUGCCCAUGCUGCCGACCUGUAUCUUGCGCAGAUCACUGCUCUCGCGCCUGAAGCCCGCGUUCUCUUGGCACACAUGCAGGCACUUCUGCUCCUGCGCCAGGGUGAUUAUGAUGGGGCUGUUUCAGGCUAUGGGUUGGCCUUUGAUAUUAUUCAAGCGCUCUGCACCACACCAAAUCAAGACCAAGUCAUGUCCCGGGAACUCUUGGGCGUCUUGUUGCGCCGUCCCAACCAACCCAUGUUGGCAGCGGAUCGCUUGGAAGAGGAGGUGUCUCGAGCUCCGCUAGCGGCUCUGUAUGCCAAGGCGUUCAUGUUUCAUCUUGAGGCGGCCGUGUCUGGGGCCAAUUCAAGCCUCGCUGAUGCCAAGACGGUUGGGUUGGUUCUACUGGUUCAAGUCAUUGAUGCCGCCGUCAUGGAAUACCAGCUUACAACGAUGCAUAUCAACACUUUCAAGCACAAACUGGCACUCAACGAUGUGGAUGGUGCCUUUGCAGCCAUCGCGCAAUUGGGUGCCCACGAAGCGAUUCGGGACGAUUGCAUCUCGGAGCUAGUCUCGACACUCUGCGAUCGCAAUGAAAUGCAGGCGAUCGUGCAACUCCCCUACGGGCAACUGGAGCAUAUUGUACGCAACGUCAUCUCCACGCGGGCACGCAAUGCCAGCGCAACUGCAGCCGCCUUAGAGGACAGGGUCAAUUUUUACCAGGUUUUGUAUGCAUUCUUUAUCUUUCGGGCUGACUACGCGGCAGCCGCACAGGCCAUGUACAUUUAUGCGUCACGACUAGCGGCCGAAUCUCUCGACCCAGACACUGACGAAUCCAUGAUCGUGCUUGAGGCUGAACGCGACGCCUACUUGACGGCUUUGAAUGCUCUUCAAACCCUGCCCACGGAGCACGCUUGGUUUGCCGCCAACGUUGUCUCGCGAGACGGUCAUCAUCAGAAUGCGGCCCCAAAGCGUGUGCGACAUGGUGGAGAAGAUUCGAUGGACGAGAGCCAGGACAUCGUGGUCACGCCUUCUUCUGGCGCCUCGAUUGUGACGGCACAUGAAUUGCGUUGCUGCUAUGUCCUGUGCCAGGCAGUAGCUGACAUUGUCGAUGCCAAGCUGCCUGGUUAUCGCCAGCUAUCACGCAACGUCAACUACACCUUGGCGGCUGAAGUCCUCAUCUCUGCACGCCGUUAUGACGAUGCGAUUAACCUCGUGCUCACACGGGCCCGGGGCCAGGUGGACCAGGUUGAGUUUGACUUUUCAAGCUUGUUUCGAGACCUGACGGAACAGUGUCUGCGGAUUUCGCUCGAGACCGACGUGGACGUGACUUGGUUGUAUCAGAAUGAGAGCCCUAUCGCCGCGGGUAGCACGGCUGAGGCUAUCGCCUGGCGACUCUUGCGCAAAUAUCUUGCGCUACUCGACUGCAACACCACCUCUUUUGUUUAUCACGAGGUCGUGACACGCACCAUCUUGUCACUGCGGCCACUCAAGAAUGGCACGCGCUUUCCCCUCCCACAUUGGCUGCUGGAGAGUCAUUUGGCAUGCAACCCCAAUGCGCUUCUGGCCUUGCUCUUGCGUUAUCAAAUGUGGGACGUCGCUCACCAGGUUGCAGUGACGUCAAUUCAAGAGGCACACAAGGUUCUGCAGGCACGGGACGAAGGCAACACCAAUCUACCUCGCCAGAGCCUUCAUGCCGUGCCUUUCGACAACAUUGAACGGCUGCAAAAGAGCUUGCAAGUGGUGUCUGGCAAGAACGAGGCCUUGCAAGGGCUUGAAGAAGAGCUGAAGCACGUCCUCGACCGUUUUAAAACCCGUCUCUACUAUCAAUAGAUGGUGUCGUGGUGGAAGGGUCUGGCGCUUGAGGCGGAAGGACCGACUUGAUAUGGUCGCAAACCAGUGAUGCGCCUUUGAAGCUUUCUUUGCGAGAUGAAUGUGUGCCCAAAGUUGGUGCUCGCUCUCUCACAUGCCCUGGCCCGCCACAGGACUUGUUGCGUCGUUCAGAAUUGAUCUUUUCUUUUUUUC